AUGGGAGUGAGUGACUUGUGGCAAAUUUUGGAGCCUGUUAAGCAACACAUCCACUUGAGUAGUCUUAGUGGGAAAACCAUUGCUGUUGAUCUGAGCCUCUGGGUGUGUGAAGCACAGACAGUCAAAAAAAUGAUUGGAACUGUCACGAAGCCUCACCUCAGGAACUUAUUUUUUCGUAUCUCACAUUUAACACUAAUGGAUGUAAAACUGGUGUUUGUUAUGGAAGGGGAACCCCCAAAACUGAAAGCUGAUGUCAUAAACAAGAGGAAUCAAAUUCGGUAUGGGCCUUCUGGAAAAAUGUCGUCUCGGCAAACAGGGCGAUCACAUUUUAAAUCAGUGUUAAGAGAGUGUCUUGAAUUGCUGGAAUGCUUAGGAAUUCCCUGGGUCCAAGCUGCUGGGGAAGCGGAAGCCAUGUGCGCUUACCUCGAUGCCAGCGGUUAUGUGGACGGCUGCCUCACCAAUGAUGGGGAUGCUUUCCUCUACGGGGCCCAGACUGUUUAUAGGAACUUCACUAUGAACACCAAGGACCCACAUGUUGACUGUUAUACCAUGUCAUCGGUUAAGAGUAAACUAGGUUUGGAUAGAGAUGCUCUGGUUGGACUGGCAGUACUGCUUGGCUGUGAUUAUCUUCCAAAGGGCGUCCCUGGAGUUGGAAAAGAGCAAGCAUUAAAACUUAUACAGAUUUUGAAAGGGCAGAGUUUACUUCAGAGGUUUAUUCAAUGGAGUGAAGACAAAUCUUGUGACUCUAAUCAACAACCACUAGUUAUUAAAAAACUGGCUCAUUGCUCAGUGUGUUCCCAUCCAGAAAAGCUUGCCGUUGUGAGGGAUUCCCAUUCCAUGAGGUUAUUCAAGAAUUCCUUUUGA